AUGGCUGCAACAGGACAAAGACUGGAGGCUCUUAGCUUCAACAGAAACCUUUUCCGAAUCGUUUCCCUGCUGUUUCUGCUUCACGUCGGACAGACACAGGAUUUUCAAACACAAUUGAUGAAUGGCAUACAAAGAGUAAGAGAAGGAAUCAGAGUCAUUAUUGAAGGUGAAAGUGGUACUGAAUAUAUCCUAACACUUUUGGAUGACGCAAACUCUGUCGCAAACAAGAAGCAGCUCAAAAUAUUUCAGCAGUAUCUUCAAGAAGCUGUAGAUGAAGCAUACCGACAGAAAGUAGAAAAAAAAGCUGAAAUUACAGUAUCUGGACAACUGUUUCAUAUGAUGAUCCCAGAAUAUUUAGCUAAAAUGCAAACUCUAUCCAAACCACUGGCGGACAGCAUGGAGCAUAUGUUGGAGAUAUUUAGAAAUUACCUAAAGCUAAAGAAAAACAUGUUUACACAGGAAACAAAGGAAACAGAGACCAAACUGGAGGAUGCACUAAAUAAUUUAAAAUCCCGGCAAAACUGUCAUAAUCCUGUUGGAGUGAAGAUAAUACUCCUGUUGCUGUUUCUUUGCAUAGUAGCUGUAUAUAAGAUAUGUUACCGGAUAAUUACUUGGAUAAUACGAAUAUUUUAAGAUAUAUACUCAUGUAGAACUUGAACGUUUUCGGUCUGUUGGAGUCCCAGGACAAGAUUGUUUGUGUCUGUUAAACCAUUUUUGUGUUGACUUAUUCAUUUGUCUUUAAUCAAUGUUCUGUUUUAAGCCUGAA